AUGCAGUCUCCUUACAAGUCUGCCGCAUCUCCCUCGUCGCUGACCGUGUCUGGGUCUAGACGAAGCCGCAUCAGCCAAGCGUGCAUGGCUUGUCGCCGAAGGAAGAUCAAGUGCAACGGCGACCUCGAUGGCUGUGCUCACUGCAAACAAACGGAGCAGCAAUGCCGCUACGAGCCAGUGUCCGACGGUGACAAGCUCAGGGCGAGAUCGUACAAGCGAAAGCUUAUCCAGCGUCGACAGCAGACGCGGGUCCUUUAUGAUGGGCCGAUGUACCUCGAGCCGGCCUUUUUGGCGUGUCCAUACGGUAUGGCUUCAACCACAGCGGGUUUCUACGCUCUGCGAUCCGCUGUCGACACUGUUCCGGCGCACAGGCAGCAGUACAGCCCAAUCUUUCACCCAGCCACCCCUCCAAUGACGGACACGGACUCGUACACUUUCUUCGUAUCACCUUCGUCAGAGACCUCGACACAGCUGCAGCCCAUCAACAGCAACACAUCUUUCCCAUACACGAUUCUGGCACCGACUCCGAUCGAAUCGCUCUCGUCGCUGUCAUCAUCACCAUCCGGGUCAGAAAGCACUGUUAUGACACCCAUCGGCGCAUCAACUCACAUGCAUUUCCCGGGCUUUGUAGGUGAUCUGCAGGUCUACACCGUGCCCUGCAUCGACACAGUUGCAGGUACCAACGAUAUCGCCGGACAUAGUGGUUCUUCCGUGGAGUCUACACCUUCUGCAUUCUCACAGGAAUAUUCUACGCUUUCCUCGUCCCACCUGUUCUUUUAUUCCAUGAUGACUGAGUUCCAGAUCACUGCUUCUGGCUACAAGCCGACCGUAGAUGCAAAUACAUCGACGCUUGCGGGCGCUUUUGCUUGA